CUGACUGUGUCCCUGUGGCGGAGGCGGGGAGCUCGCUGCUCUGGGGGGUGUGUUCAGAGUGUCUCCCUCUUUAUUCUGCCUCCCCUGGUGAAGUUGGGUUUGUUGAAUAUGGCGGGACGCGGUAAGAGAAAAGCUGCAUCUAGAGGCACCGAGUCUAAGAACCCGGUAGCUGAAGAUGGGAAGAAGAACCGAGGAGAGAAAUCCGGGGUUCCUGAGGAACUGCGACAGGAAGUUGAGGAUCUCUACAAGCUACGGAUGCCGGAAGAUUUCUAUCACUUCUGGGAAUUCUGUGAGAAACAAGAUCCACAGAAUCCAUGCGAGGCACUGAAGUCAAGCCUUGGACUCCAACUUGUUGGGCCUUUUGAUAUCCUGGCUGGAAAACACAAAGGAACAAAAACGUCUGGGCCGAAUUACCUGCUGCACUGGCGUUACUUCUAUGACCCCCCGGAAUUUCAGACCAUCAUCAGUGGAGACCCUGAAACUCUAUAUCACCUCGGUUACUUCAGAGAUUCUCCAGAUGAAUUGCCGGUAUUCAUAGGGGAAAACGAGGCAAAGAACGGCUGCUCGGUGGUUCAAAUGGGAAACAAUGUGUUUAGCGCGGUGAACUUGGUUUUGUCCAGAAGACUGAAGGAAAUGGGUAAUAGGAUUCAGAGCAGAGGUUUGAAAGAGCUCGAGACCAAACUGUCUACGGUAGCGAAGAAAUUAGGUUAUUCCCUAGAACAGAAAACUAAAGAAAUGAAGCAGCGGGAUAGGAAGGUCGCUACCAGAACCUUUCAUGGAGCUGGUUUGGUUGUUCCAAUUGAUAAAGCUGGUGUAGGUUACAGAGAGCUUCCUGAGACAGACGGAAGUCUGAAAAAGAUAUGUAAAGCAAUUGUAGAAGCAACGACUGAUGAGGCCCGGAUGAAAGCUUUUGCCCCAAUUCAAGAAAUAAUAACUUACGUUCAGUUUGCAAAUGAUGAAUGCGACUAUGGAAUGGGAUAUGAACUAGGAAUUGAUCUUUUCUGCUAUGGAUCACAUUACUUUCACAAAGUGGUACAGCAGUUGUUACCCCUAGCAUACAAGUUGCUGAAGAGGCAACUGUUUGCUGAGAUUAUUGAGGUACAUUUGGCCAACAGAAAAUGGAAUGAUGUGGACCAACUGACUGUUUGAAGAUUCUGAUUUUGUAGCAAAAUCAAAAAACUAUUACAUUUUAGUUUACAGAACAAGUCUGUAUCAUCUGUGUUGUAUACGGUUUAUUUUG